CGAGCGAGCCCGCCCGCCCGCCCGCCAGCGCCGCGCGCGCCGCCGCUACCUCCGCUGCUCGGCCCGGUCCCGGAGCGGCCGGGCGCAGAGCCGAGGCCCGCGGCCGGCUGCAUGAAGGACUGCGAGUACCAGCAGAUAAGCCCCGGGGCCGCCCCGCCGCCCGCCUCCCCCGGGGCGCGUCACCCCGGCCCCACCGCGCCCCCUGCUCCAAGCCCCGGGCCCGCGCCUGGCGCGCCGCGCUGGAGCGGCAGCGCCGGCAGCGGCAGUGGCAGCGGCAGCGGCAGCGGGAGCCUGGGCCGCCGGCCCCGGCGUAAGUGGGAGGUGUUCCCGGGCCGCAACCGCUUCUACUGCGGAGGCCGGCUCAUGCUGGCCGGCCACGGCGGCGUCUUCGCGCUCACGCUGCUGCUCAUCCUCAGCACCACCAUCCUCUUCUUCGUCUUCGACUGUCCCUACCUGGCCCGCACACUGACCCUGGCCAUCCCCAUCAUCGCCGCCAUCCUCCUCUUCUUCGUCAUGAGCUGUCUCCUGCAGACCAGUUUCACUGACCCUGGCAUCCUCCCCCGGGCCACCAUCUGUGAGGCCGCUGCCCUGGAGAAGCAGAUCGAUAACACAGGCAGCUCCACUUACCGACCGCCCCCUCGGACACGGGAGGUGAUGAUCAACGGACAGAUGGUGAAGCUCAAGUAUUGCUUCACCUGUAAGAUGUUUCGGCCUCCCCGGACCUCACACUGCAGUGUCUGCGACAACUGUGUAGAACGGUUUGACCACCACUGCCCUUGGGUGGGCAACUGUGUGGGGAGACGGAACUACCGCUUCUUUUAUGCAUUUAUUCUCUCUCUCUCCUUCCUGACGGCCUUCAUCUUCGCCUGCGUGGUCACCCACCUGACCCUGCUUUCUCAAGGAAGCAACUUCCUCUCUGCUCUAAAAAAGACACCAGCAAGUGUGCUGGAGUUGGUCAUCUGUUUCUUCUCAAUCUGGUCCAUCCUGGGCCUCUCAGGGUUCCACACGUACCUCGUAGCCUCCAACCUGACAACUAAUGAAGAUAUCAAAGGGUCUUGGUCCAGCAAGAGGAGUGGUGAAGCCUCUGUCAACCCCUACAGCCAUAAAAGUAUUAUCACCAACUGCUGUGCUGUGCUCUGUGGCCCAUUGCCUCCCAGCCUGAUCGACCGGCGGGGAUUCGUGCAGUCUGAUGCCAUGUUGCCCUCGCCUGUCAGAAGUGAUGAUCCAGCCUAUGGAGCCAAGCCAGACGCCAGCCUGGUAGGAGGCCACCCCUGAAUGCCACCGAGUGCUUGUCACUGCUGCCCUACACACCUGCCUGCUGGGACCCUCCUUAUGCCACCUGAGGGAAGCAGAGCUGCCAAAGACUCUUUUCCUAUUUAUUUCCCACCGUGUGGUUUUCUUUAAACUGUCCCAUAGCUGUGCCCUCUGUUCCCCAAACCUAGGUUCCCACAGUUUAGGCCUUAGGUCCCCCCAGGCUGGUCAGUGGCAGGAGAGGAGGAGAGUCACAGCCUCUGGAGGCCACCAAGGAGACCAUGCCAAGUCACUGUCUGUGCCCAGGGAGGCCCAGCAUGGGUGAGGGCAUGAACCCCAACCUGGAGUCACGCUUGGAUCCUGGAGAGACAGGGCCUGUUGAGUAGCCAGCUCUGACCCGCAGGCGACAAGUGGGGACCCUUCCUGGGACUGCUUUGGUCUGGGGCUCCUACAUUCCAUUUGUGAUGACCACUGGGGUUUUUUCUUUGGAAGGGGUUAGAUGGAGAUAGCCAGUAGGGUAGAGCUGGGGAGCCCGUAGGGUAGAGCUGGGGUACCAGCAGAGAGAGAAUGGUCUCCCAAGACCAGACGAGCCAUCCAGGCCCCUGCACCUCAGCUCCUGUAGAGUCCUGGGCAGCAUAGUAGGAUUGGAGACCUGGCUUGCCCCUGCCCACAGAGACUCUUUAAAGGAUCCUUUCCUGUGUCGCCACCUCCCCCAAUCCUUCCAGGUCAGGGCUAGAGGUGGGUAGGGGGGUUAGCUCGAGCUGGCAAUACUUGAAACGGGUUUAUUAAUGAUGGGUAUUUUGCACAAUUUUGUAGACUUCUUUUUUACAUAGCCUUUUAAAAAUAGGAGUUAAUGUGUUACUAUCUGUGUAGUGCCAAUUCAAGGGUUUCCAGAAGGUUAGGUAGUUUAAUACAUUUAUUACAGCAGAUCUAGCUGGGAGGGACUGCGUGUAUGUACACACAUGUGUUCAUGCAUGCCCAUGUACAGAUCCGGCUGGCUCCCAUGUCCCCUGGGCUGUUCCCUUUCCCCAUUGCCCUGGGUUUCAAGAACAGCCUGGGAUGUGGGGGACUGGGUAGGAAGCUGUGCUUUAGUAACAGCAGAGAGACCACCAGCUCCUGCCCUCUUCCCUUUCAUAGAGUCCUUGAGUCUGUGCCGCCCAGCCUGCAGGGCAGGCUCCCAGCUGUGACCUGCCCCAACAAGCUGAGCUUAGGUGUGGUGGGUGGGGCAAUGGCUCAGGGGAUCAGCUGCCUGUCUGCAAGCCACACCCCCUCCAGGGUGUUCUGCUUUGAGUGUAGGCCCUGAUGCUAGGGGCCUGGAGACCCGAGCAUUUCUGCUAAUCAGGAAUGAUAAAGGAAGAGCAGAGUGGUCCAGGAGGCCUGUGUGGGUGGUCCAGACACUUCCGGCAUGGCCUCCUGCUGCUGGGAGCUGUAGUUUCUAAUCAAAACCGUCUUCUUCCCCUUGGGCCUUCUGGUGGGCUGAAGCCCUUGGAUCAAAGCAUAGGAAGUCAUUACCCAGUUACUUCCUUGCUCCCAAGGCCAGUGGGUCCCAGACAGAGCUGGGAAGUAGUGGGGUGCCCGGGGCCACUGGGAGAUGGCUUCCCAGCCCUAGGCCAUCCCCAGUGGCCCCCGGAGGUAGAUAGGAAGGGGCUGGAGGACUCCCUAGCCUGCCGUUUGUUUGAGCCAGUAUCUUUGUUCGCGCUUGUAAUAAACCUUCUGUUUUUAAGAGCUGA